AAGCGCACCGAGUCUCCGCUCCGGCUUCGCUCUGUGUUCCAGAUGGUUUUCAGAUCACCGCUCGACUUUUUCUCCGCAUCCCGUCUCCUCCUGCCUCACUUUGCGGAUGGGCCCCCGGUCGUGCCUCGCUCCCGGUCCCCGGACGACUCCCCCACCGCCUGCGCUCCUCUCGCCCUCCCGGGACUGUGUUUCUCCGCCGCGCAGAUCGCCAGCGUGUGCGAGACUCUGGAGGAGACCGGAGACAUCGAGCGGCUGGCCCGCUUCCUCUGGUCCCUCCCGGUGACAGCGGACGGCCGCGACUCCAUCUCCGAGCACGAGUCCGUGCAGCGGGCUCGCGCCGUCGUGGCCUAUCACACGGGAAGUUUCCGCGAGCUCUAUCACAUCCUGGAGACGCACCGCUUUACGCGCGCCUCCCACGGGAAGCUGCAGGCGAUGUGGCUGGAAGCGCACUACCGGGAGGCGGAGAAGCUCCGGGGGAGACCGCUCGGACCCGUGGACAAGUACCGCGUGAGGAAGAAGUUCCCUUUACCGAGGACCAUCUGGGACGGCGAGCAGAAGACGCACUGCUUCAAGGAGCGCACCCGGGGGCUGCUGAGAGAGUGGUACCUGCAGGACCCCUACCCCAACCCGGGGAAGAAGAGGGAGCUGGCACACGCCACCGGACUGACGCCGACCCAAGUUGGGAACUGGUUCAAGAACCGGAGACAGAGAGACCGAGCGGCAGCAGCCAAAAACAGGUUGCAGCAUCAUCGGAUGUGUUCAGACGGAGUGCGCGCGCUGAGCGGAGGAGACUGCAGUCCCGCCGGGAGCGCAGAGCGCGCCGAUGGUGAAACGCUCCUCUCAGUUACGGACAGUGACUCUGACCUGGAUGUCUGAGACCUUUUGA